AUGAACUUGCAAGGCUACUUUGCUAUCUUCUUGUUGUUGUGUUUUGUUGCUUCACAAGCUAAUCCUACUUUUGAUGUCCUCAAGUAUGGUGCUUCAGGGAAUGGACAAACUGAUGAUUCACAAGCUAUAUCAUUUCAUGCGUGUAAGGGCCUUACAAUUAAUAUGGUGAAUAUGAUAAACACCCCACGAGGUCAUGUGUCCUUGAAUGGUUGCAAUGGCUCUGUUGUCUCUAACAUCCACCUCCGUGCUCCUAAAGAUAGCCCAAACACCGACGGCCUUGGAAUCUCCGGGUCAUCCCAUGUUACCAUCCGAGAUUCUACCAUGGAAGUUGGUGAUGACUGCCUGACCAUUGACGGAGGCUCCUACAUGAAUAUUAGUGGCAUCUUCUGCGGACCUGGUCAUGGCAUAAGCAUUGGAAGCCUGGGAAUUGGUGGAACCUAUGGUGCAGUGGAAGAGGUCCAUGUCAGAAAUUGCACCUUCAUCAGAUCUUCAAAUGGAGCAAGGAUCAAGACUUGGGAGAACCAUUUACAACUCGUUGGAAAAGAUGUCCUCCACGGUGUAAUGGAACAGAAUGCAAGUAAUGCGGCUGAUAACUUACUGAAUCACCCUAUGGGGAAACAUUAA